UUGAAAAUUUUAUUUCGAUUUUUAAACUCUAGAAGAUUUUUAAUUGUUAAAACUAGUUAAACGGUGUUUAAUAAGGAAUAUUAAAUAUGAAUAAGCUUUCUGAGCGCGAGGAGUAUGAAAUGAGCCUUUAUGGGUUUUCAAUAAAGGACUUUAAACAUGAAAAUUUUCAAUUCUUUCGUAAUCAGCUUAAUAAAUCCAUGCAAUUUAUUACUUCAAAAUUUAUGGAUCAGAUUAAAGAUGCAAAAGUGCCUGAUACUUUAGAAAAUUUAACAAACUCAUUAAAUCAAGUUGAAUUUAAUAUAUUGGAAUCAACAAAAUCUAAUAUUCAGUACACAGUCAACGAUGAUGUCGAAAAGUUGCUCAAUAUUCCAGAAAAUGUCAUUUUGCCAACAGAUAGGGCUCAAACCAAACAAUUUUCAAGCGACUGUAUCUAUGAACUGGAAAAAGAAUGUGAUGAACUAGGAGCAAUAUUGCUUCAAAACGCUUCAUUUAUAAAACAUUUAUCAGCAGAGCUUAAUUCAUAUGAAAUCCAAGGAUUACUGGAACAUGAAGAUAAGGUUCUUCUAGAAGGAGAGAAGUUUUUAAGCUUGCAGCUACUAGAACCUGAUGUUUUAGAUGGCGAAGAAGAGCCCAAUGUUAGUUUUGAAGAUCCAGCAAUAUAAGUUUAUGAGAUUCUUUAAGAUCAUCCCAGUUAAUUUGAAAAUACUGUUCAUUUUAUUUCUUUAAAAAUUAA